GGAAAGGAAUGCUUCCGCCCGGACAUAAUAGUGAACAGUACAAAUCCAUCGAGAAGAUUUCUACGUUGAUGGUGGAAACCACAUCACCGUCAUCAUGCCGACGGUGGUCCUGAUGGACGCGUCCCUGUCCAUGACGCGGCCGGUCUCUCUGGAGCAGUGUUCCGAGGAGUUGCAGAGGAAGAACCUAGCUGUGGCCGGACUCACCAUGCUGUUUGAGCACAUGGCUAACAACUACAGACUGGAAUUCACUUCUCUAGUGGCCUUCUCUUCCCUGUGGGAGCUACUGGUGCCUUUCACCAGGGACUACAACACCCUACAGGAAGCCCUGAACAACCUGGAGGACUAUGACAAGACAUGUCUGGAGUCAGCUUUACACGGAGUCAGCAACGUGGUGCAGCAGGAGUGGGGCCACGCCUGUCCCACACAGGUGGUGCUGGUAACAGACGGGUCCCUGGGGAUCGGUAAAGGCUCUCUGAGACACUCCCUACAGACUCUGAAAGGACGACUGGAGGAUAAGAAGUUCCCCCUGCCCUUCCCUUUCCCUGCCAAGCUGUUCAUCAUGUGCAUCGCUAACGCAGAGGAGUUACAGAUGACCGACACGAUGCAUAACCUGGAGCAGCUGCUCCAGCUGAACGGAGGAGACGGCCAGAUCUUCACUAUGGAAGGCCAGCUCUGUCUGAAGAGUGUCCAGUCCAUGUUCGGACGUCUAAUAGAUGAGGUCUACUCCCCGUUCCCUGCUGUACUGCGUUGUGGGAACCUGGCAUCUGAUGUCCAGGUGUUCCCCAGACCUGAGCCUGUGUUCCUGGAUGAAGAAAUCGACCCUAUGCCCCGACACAUCCUCACAGAUCUGGAGAUAGUUGGUUUCAUAGAGAUAGGAGACAUCUCCAGUCCUCCCGUCAUGUCCAGACACCUGGUCCUGCCUAUCGCUGUCAAUAAAGAGGUGGAUGAUGUGGGUCCAGGAACCAUAGAGGAGCCAGAGGAGGAGACAUCAGCCAACCAGCAGGCAGGGAAGGUCCCCAACUUCUGUGUCCUACUCCAUGGCAGUCUGAAGGUAGAGGGCAUGGUGGCGCUGGUGCAGCUGGGCCCAGAGUGGUAUGGUAUGCUGUACUCCCAGGCAGACAGCAAGAAGAAGUCUAAUCUGAUGAUGUCUCUGUUUGAGCCUGGACCUGAGCCUUUACCCUGGCUGGGCAAGGUGUCUCAGCUAGGACCUAUAUCAGAUGCAGCUGAGAACCCGUACGGGGAGGAUGACAGUAAGAGUCCUUUCCCUCUGCAGCCCAAGAUCAAACGCAGCUACGCUCAGAACGUCACUGUCUGGAUCAAAGCUAGCGGACUGCAGACUGAUGUGCAGAAGAUACUGAGGAAUGCCAGGAAACUGCCAGAGAAGACUCAGACCUUCUACAAGGAGCUGAACCGUCUGCGUAAGGCAGCGCUGGCAUUUGGUUUCUGGGAGCUGCUGAAGGGCGUUGCAGAGCUGCUAGAGAGGGAGUGUACCCUGCUGCCAGACACGGCUCACCCCGACGCAGCCUUCCAGCUAUCACACGCUGCCAAGCAGCUUAAACUGGCCUCCACAGGAGACUCCCAGUACGCUGCCUUCGACCAGAACAUCAACCCCAUGCACACCGACUUCUCUGGGGGAGGAGCUGGCAUGUAGAGGAGAGAGGAUUGCUUCUGAAAUGACCCAGUAUCUGGCCUUUAGAGAUGUUGACCUGUGUCCUCUCUAAAACGCCCAUUACAGCUUUGUCAAAAUAUGUUAGUUGCUCAGUGAAACUCCAUAUUUGGUGAGUAACUAUCUUCAUUUACAGCCGUUAUGUAAUUCGAGAAAAACCUCUUUGGCACCUCCAAAUCAGAAGUGCCAAGGAGGCUUGUCCCCUCGAUUCCUUGUACAUUUUGUAUUUAGACCUAAUAAUGAAAAACUUAAUUUGUUGAGUAACGGCUGUAUUUUGGAUCGGAGCUUCCUGGGUUGUUAGAGACCUGUCAUGCUCAACAUCUCUAAAUCCUAUAUAUUCCUAUAGGGUCUGGUCUAAAGUAGUGCACUAUAUAGGGAAUAGGGUGCUGUUUCAGACUAUUAGAAUGGCUCAUCAAUGAAGCUCUUUGGCACACCAACUGUUAAAAGCUAAGGCUUCACAUGUGUUUUUGACCAUAUCGUUUUUAUAACUUUCCUAAUGAAUAAAUGAAAAAAAGUUUCUUUUUUUCCCCAA